AUGUCAGUGUGUGUUUGUGCCUGGUGUAGGACAGAACAGUGUGAACAACAAACCUCGUCAACAGUUGCAGAUGUGGAACAGCUUAAUGACAUGAUAGUCAACAAGCCACAAAUGACAAUGGGAGUGUUAGCAUUGAAGCUCAGUGUUGUUCACACUACUGUAGCUAGGAACUUGAAGAAUCUGGGUUACCACUUGUUAAUCUGUGACUCCUUAUUGAGAUGCAAUCAGAAUGCUCCUUUUCUGGAACAGCUGGUAACUGGAGGUGAGAAGUGGAUUGUGUACAACAAUGCCUGGAAGAGUAUAUUGAGAGAUGUCCUGAAUUACAAACUUCUUCCAAACAAGACUAUCACUUCCGAGAAAUUGGAUCAUCUCAAGGCAGCCACUGAUGAGAAAUGGCCGGAUUUGGGGCACAGUAUUGUCUUUCAUCAUGGCAACGACAAGACACACACCUCUAUAGUGACUCAUCAAAAGUUGUGUUCUAUUGAAUGGGAUGUGUUACACCAACCGUUAUAUUUGCCAGACAUUUCCCCUUCCAACUUCCAUCUAUUCUAUUCCCUGCAGAAUCUGCUCAAUAGCAAAGACCUCACCUCUGUGGAGGACUGCAGACUGAAACUCGAAGAGUUCAUCAACCUGAAAACCCCCCACAUUUUGGAAGAAUGA